AUGGUGACUUCAGUUGGUGGCCUGCUGGUGCGCCUCGUGGCGGCACUGUGUCUUUUCCAGUACGUCCAGGCUAAGACCGUUACCUAUGAUUUCAAUGUUACUUGGGUCACGGCCAACCCGGAUGGUCUCCUUGAUCGAAAGGUCGUCGGUAUCAAUGGCCAAUGGCCCCUGCCAGUGAUUGAAGUGGACAAGGGUGACCAGCUCGUUGUAAAUAUGUACAAUGGCCUCGGGACUCACAGCACGUCCAUUCAUUUCCAUGGCAUGUUUCAGAAUGGCACCAACGAUAUGGACGGCCCGUCCAUGGUGACCCAGUGCCCUGUCGUGCCAGGCGCCUCAAUUACCUAUAAUUUCACGGUCAAUCAGAAUGGAACCUAUUGGUAUCAUUGUCACACCGAUUUCUGUUACCCGGAUGGCUAUCGCCAGGCAUUGAUCGUGCACGACAAUAGCUCUUACUUCAAUGAUAUGUAUGAUGAGGAGUAUACUAUCACCAUGAGUGAUUGGUACCACGAAAUGGUGGAGGAUAUCAAAUUUAUCGACAAAACCAACCCGACCGGUGCUGAGCCUGUCCCUAAUGCCUUCCUGUUCAACGAUACCCAGGACACUAGGCUCUCGGUGGAACCAGGCAAGACGUACCUGCUGCGACUAGCCAACGUUGGUGCAUUCGUUGCGCAGUAUUUCUAUAUUGAAGAUCACACGUUCAAGAUCGUCGAGAUUGACGGUGUAUACACUGAUCCCACCGAAGCGAGCAUCCUCUAUAUUGCAGUUGCACAGCGAUAUGCGAUUCUUGUAACGGCCAAGAAUUCGACGGACAAGAAUUACCCCAUCGUGACUGUGGCAGACUCCGUGUUGCUAGACAAAAUUCCCUCGGAUCUGCAACUCAACCACACGAAUUGGCUCGAAUAUAACAAGAAUGCCGAUUACCCACAGGCCACCAUUACAGUGGAGACUGCGUCUGAUCUCGAUCCAUUCGAUGAUAUGAGUCUCGUCCCAUACGAUCGUAUGGAAUUACUUCCCGAGCCCGACCUGGUCAUCGAUCUGACCGUCCUCAUGGAGAACCUCGACAACGGCGCUGACUAUGCUCUGCUGAACAACAUUUCCUACACCAAACCCAAAGUGCCUACCCUCUACACAGUCUUGUCAGCCGGCAAUCUCGCCACUAACGCCGAAGUCUAUGGCGACUUCACCCACUCGGUGGUCCUAGAGCACAACCAAGUUGUUGAAAUCGUCCUCAACAACGGCGAUGGAGGCUCGCACCCAUUCCACAUCCACGGGCACAACUUCCAGUUGCUCGAGCGCGUCCCUUCCUACGGUAGUCACUUCUACGACUACGCUGAUGGCGACCCACUCACCUACGACCCGAACAACCACACCGCAUUCCCCAAAUUCCCAGCUCGCCGCGACACCCUGGUACUCCCGCCACAAGGCUACUUCGUCGUGCGCUUUGUCGCUGAUAACCCGGGAGUCUGGCUGUUCCACUGCCACAUUGACUGGCAUCUGCAGCAAGGACUGGCAAUGACCUUCGUCGAGGCACCUAUGCAAUUGCAGGAGAGUUUGACCAUCCCACAGAACCACUACGACGCCUGUAAUGCAGCGGGCGUCAAGUUCGAGGGUAACGCCGCAGGUAACACGGAGAACUAUCUUGACCUGUCGGGCCAGAACAAACAGGUUGGCUGGCUACCCGCUGGGUUUACAACAAAGGGUAUUGUCGCACUCGUGUUUUCGUGCGUGUCCGCAUUCCUGGGUAUGGCGUUUAUCUCAUUUUAUGGUGCGUCUGGCAUGCAGAAUGCGAAUAAGAAGCAGGAGGCCGAGCAGACGGAAAGAGACGGCACUACGUCGACGGAUAGUUGA